UGCAGCUCGGUUUCGAUUGAUGUGCCUGACUAUCGUCCUGUGAACCUUUGUCACGGCGAAAUCUUACCGGUUUGAGGAGAGAGUUUCAUAUCCAGCCAUGGAGAUGGCGACACCACAGACCGCAACGAAAAGCAGUGUCACCGUUUCCAAAGAGUGUCUGGACACCGACCCUGAAAAAGAUGUGGAUGAAUUGGAUUUAGGUGUCCAUAUCUGCGAGGUGUGCAGGACCAGCUUCGGGACGAGGAAGGGUCUCUCCAGUCACGCCCGAUCUCAUCUGAGGCAGCUCGGUGUGGGUGCGUCUGACAGCAGUGGGGCUCCCAUAGACCUCCUGUACCAGCUAAUGAAAGAAAGAGGUGGAAGUCUACCCAAGCUUCAAAAACAGACCCACCCUGUUAAAAAGCCCAAAGCACAGCCCUCCAAACUCAAAAAGGGCACUGGGCCCAAACUAAAGAUUAAAAUAUCUAACCUUGUCAAGAAAAAAUAUGCUUUUUCCUCAUCGUCGACAUCCGCUGUCAAAUCUGGCAAAAAAUCGGCCAAGUCUGGUCGGUUAGCUUUUGCUGCAAUGAAGCCUCGUAAAGUCUCUUCGAAGGGGCUCGCGGUGUCCGCCACAUCUAAAGUACGUCCCGGUCAUAAUGCCGUGGAGUCCAGUGAUGGCAGUCCGUCGACCUCCCACCCUCUGAACUCAACCAAACCCCUCUGGGCUCCUAAGGAAACAGAUGCGCCGAUUAAUCUAACGGCGAUGAUCAAUUCCUGCGCGAGGGAAGAUGUACACGUGUGUGAAUUGUGCGGAGCGUGGUACGAGACGCGCAAGGGUCUCUCCAGUCACGCCCGGGCACACCUGCGCCAGUUUGGUGUGCCUUUAGACUCUAAAUGUGGUCCCAUAGAGACCCUCCAUAAAAUCAUUCAGACUGAGGAAUUUAAGGGUAAGGCCAGCGGCGGGCAGACGGAGGGGUUGUCUGUCUUUGAAGAUUGUACUUCACCUUCUUCCGCCCCUUCCCCUUUACUUUCCAUCCCCCCAAAUCCCUCUAUUUCCCCUUAUACACUGGUUUCAAUGCGUCAGACACCUCCGCCAACCAAAAAGCUGAAAAUCUCCUCUCCACAUGCUGCGGCAAGCUUGUCCUUGGGCGGAAAAACAGAUUUGAAAACGCACUCUGGAGGCCAAUCAUCCAAAAAUCUCUCCUGCGAGUUCUGUCACGAAACGUUUAAGAGGAGUCAGUGCCUGGCCAGUCACGCCCGCUCUCACCUGCGUCAGAUGGGCAUCACCGAGUGGACCGUCCGCGGCUCUCCCAUAGCUACUCUGCGCAAGGUGAUGUCCCAGCAGGGUGGUUCUCUCAAACCCCCGGACCCCGCUGCGCUGUCUCCGCCUGCGUCUCCCUCUGCACUGACCGCUCUCCCCCUUCUCGCCUCAUCCCCUAAAAUCAGCCCCCAGUCUUCAUCUUCUCCUGCCCCUCACAAAGUUCCAAAAGCCAGGAAAGGCUCCAGGACUGUGGUAUCCAAACCAAAAGAUGAGCCAGUGGAAGUCGAUAUCUCUGUCGUAGAGUUUCCUAAACCCCAGAGCACGCCUAGGUCUCCGCUAUCACCUCCCACCACAGUUAAAAGCUCCGUAACACCCCUUAAGCUUGAGAAGCAGGACCCGGUGCAGUUUGUGUGCUGUGAAUACUGCGGUGAGAUGUUUGACACUCGCAAAGCCCUCUCCUGUCACGCACGCGCUCACUUACGACAGCUGGGUGUGAAGUGGUCCGAAAAGAUGUCGCCCAUUGACACCCUGUAUACGCUCAUGCAGAGAGAGGGCAGCGAACGGGCAUCGGAUGUGAAAACAGAAUCGGUCACGGUGGCGGCAGUGCAGUGGAAAACAACAGCCUCCUCGCCACACACGGUUACUCCAUCGCCUGCUGACGUCACAAAAGACAAAACUGCCUCGGACAACACAACGAAUGGCCUUGAUGCCACGUGUGAUCUAUGCGGAUUUGAUUUUGAGAAUCGAAAGGCACUCGCCAGCCAUGCCAGAGCCCACCUGAGGCAGCUGGGGGUGGACUGGAAGACCCUCGGAUCUCCUAUAGAGACCCUGAUGGCCUGGAUGAAGAGCGAACCAAAGAAGGUGGCCGAUCUUCACAAACGCUACUUGCGAGGUGACCUUCCUUUUGUUAAGAAGGGCCCCAGAAAACCCCGUUCUUCUGAGUGUGAGUCUGUCCGCAUGGGUUCUCCCAACGCUUCAUCGGGUGCUCAAGUCUCGGCCGGUCACCCUCGGGUAUCUCCAACUUCUAAAGCAAGCGUACGACCAGAACCGACCAGAGAGGUCAAAGCAGGGAUGAGCCACUCCUCCUCCUCGCACAGAAAACGACCCGCGUCGGGUGAACGCUCACUAUCCGGACUGUUCCAGAGCCCUGCGGCUCACAGUGAACUCAACGUUCGUACACCUAGAGGAUGUGAACGGCGUCCCCCGAAGCAUUCCUCCCACCCGGAGAAGAUAUCAGAGGAGCAGGAAUCUUCGAAAGCGUCUCGGACUGGAAACAUUCCAUCUUUGGUUCCCAGACCACCAGAGACCAGACUGGUAAAGCUGGUUGGGAAGAUAUACUCUCUAAAAUGCAGGUUCUGUGAGGAGGUCUUUCAGGGACCUCUGUCCAUACAGGAAGACUGGGUCAUGCAUCUACAGCAACACAUCCUCAAACUGAAAAAGAAUUCAACCUCGUCGCCUCAAAGCAGAGAGUCCUCCGAGCCGUCUCUCACACACACAGAAACACCGCUUCUUAUUGGUCCUCAGGCUGUAUAGAUGUUCUUGCUCUUUCUUUUCAUACGUUUGCAAAGAUGGAUUUACACUACACUGAUUUAUUAUUUUUGAGUCAUUUUUUACUUUGAUCAGAUUUAUUUUUUUAAUGAGAACUUUUGAAACACUACUGAAAGAGAUUAUGACCACAACCUUUCUCACCAGUUGUUACUGUGAUGCUUUGAAUGUAUUUUACUGUUUAUAUUGUAUAUUACUGUGUAUAAUGUGUUGUCACGUUUUAGCUCUUUCUUGGUUAGCAAGGCUUCUGACCCGUUGUUUAACUAGUUUGCGAACUUGUUAAGUUUUAAAUGAGGGUCUGUUUUUUACGAACAGAAUGAAACAUGUAGGACAGGAUGAAUUACCCUCACCGUUUUACUUUUUAAUACAGAAACAGUGCUGUGUACAUGAAACAUAGGGUUUGUCGUGUCAAAAAGUACAAUCAAAUAAAUUACUUUUUUAUUUAUAUGCAUUAAACAAAAAAUGCAUUUCUCAGCUGAUCGCAGGGAGUACGAAACAUUCCAUCUGUGUUUACUUUUUGUUGCAAGGAGUUGAAAACUCGCACUUAAGCAUUAAAAACUGUUGAGGAAUGUAAAUGUUGUGCUUUUCUUUCUGAGAAAACAGCUCCCUGUUUUCUUGAUUUGUUUAUAGGGUAGUUUUGCUUUUCCCAAUCUAGCGACGCUAUUGAAACUUAACAGCAAUGGGCCAAAGCAAAUACUUUAUUCAAACACAUUUUAUCUUUGAGUUUAUAGGGUGUGGCCAGACAGGAAUAGUUCUUGUGUUCUGUAAAACUACAGUCACCCCAUAUAUUUUCUUCUGAAACACUAUUCUACUGAUAUGAUAAUAGGUCAUUCGUCUUUAUAUUCGUUGUGUUGGAGACAUAACAAGCCUCUGAUAUUCCCACAGCUCC